AUGAAACAGAAUAUGGCACACUCCUAUUAGAUAAUGGAUCGAAUAGGAUUUAUCAAAAAAAUGAUAUCCACUCAUUAAAAAAAACUAAUCACUGAACCUAAAAGAAGUUCCUCUUAUUUAGAAACAUCUCAAACAGAAGUUGUUAGAAGAAGUAGAGAUUCAUUUCAUAAAUAAUAAAGUCAUUUAAAUGAAACAUCUACAUCUGAUUAUUUUAGUAUACAAGAAAAUAACAAUCUUAGAUUGUUAAGAGAAGAGCUCAAAAUUACUAAAAGCUUACUUGAUAAACGAUCUAUUGAAAUGAAUUCAUUAUUAUAAGAUAAUUAAGGAAUUAAAUCAGAUCUUAUUAAAUUGAAAGAAUAGAAUGAAGAAUUAAAAUAUUAAUUAAAAAAAAUUGUUAGAGAAAGAGAUGAUAUUCAAGAAGAAUUAACUUUUAAAUUAAAAAAGAUUGAUUCGUUGAAUGAAGAAAUUUAAAGAUUAGAAAAAUCACAAAAUCAAAUGAUUUGUGAUUUAAAAGAAGCAAGAGAAGCUAUGCAAAAUAUUAGAUAAUAUGAAAAUGAAAUUAAAUAAAAAGAAAAAUAAGUAUAAAUUCCUUUUUUAUUUAAUUAGCUGUUAAAUGAUUGGUAAAAACUUGAAAAAGAUAAACUUCUUCUUAAAGAAAGAUAAUCUUAAUUACUUAUUCUUUAAGAAUAAUUAUAAAUUGAAGUUGAAAAUAUUCAAUCUCUUAAAAAUAGAAUUACUUAAUAAGAAAAAAAAAUUGUUAAUGUUUAAUAAGAAAAAUAAAAUCAAUUAAAAGAAAAAGAGUAGCAACUUUAAAUUAAAGAGAAAAUUAUCUCUUUUAAAGAAAUCAAAGUUGAGAAAGAAGAGAAAUUGAAAGAUGAAGUUGAUCAGAAAUUAUUACUUUUAGAAAUGAAUGAAGAUUUAUGGAAGAAAAGAGUUUAGGCAGAAUUUACUAAAAUUAAAGAAGUGCAACAAAAACUUAAAAUAGUUAAGUGA